CUUCUUCCGUCGCGUCAUUUCCAACAUGGCGGCGCCCCUCACUGAGGAUGCAGUGGAGGGAGGCAGCAAUGAAACGGGGCUCAUCGUGACAGAAUCGUCCAGCGGGGAUAUCAAGAGACCCCAGUUCGGCACACGUUUCCUCACAGACCCGCGGCAGGUCUUCCAGCACAACGCGUGGGACAACGUGGAGUGGACUGAUGAACAAGAGGCAGCCGCCAAGAAGAAAGUCUUAGAAAACAAUCAGCCACUGCCUUCAGAAAAACAAGAGGAAUUUGACAACCGGGCCAACGAGUACUGGAACGAUUUUUACACGAUCCAUGAAAAUCGUUUCUUCAAAGACCGCCACUGGCUCUUCACAGAGUUCCCAGAGUUGGCUCCACAGUGCAGCCUGAACCAUGAAUUCUGUCCUGACGUCACUGGUACAGAUGACAGAAGACAGGACAGUCUGGAUCAAGAACAACACGGGGAAUCUGCUGCUUUGUCUCAAACUUAUGAGGACUUUCCUGGCUCCUCUGCCUCGUACCGCAUUCUGGAAGUUGGCUGUGGUGUAGGGAACACUGUUUUUCCAAUACUAAAGACCAACAAUGACCCGGGACUCUUUGUGUACUGCUGUGAUUUUUCCAGCACUGCUGUGGAGUUGGUCAAGACUAAUCCAGAGUACGACCAGGGACGCUGCUUUGCCUUUGUACAUGAUUUAAGUGAUGCGGAAGCCAAUUACCCCGUCCCCAAUGGAACACUUGAUGUUAUAGUGCUAAUCUUUGUGCUAUCAGCGCUGCAUCCCAACAAGAUGCAGGCAUCCAUCAGUAGACUAGCACGCCUGCUAAAGCCUGGAGGGGUGAUGCUCCUCAGAGAUUAUGGACGCUACGAUAUGGCUCAACUCCGUUUCAAGAAAGGAAGGUGUCUUUCAGAAAACUUUUACGUCCGAGGUGAUGGAACAAGAGUAUAUUUCUUUACCCAAGAUGAGCUUCACAAGCUGUUCACUGAGGCUGGCCUGGAGAAAGUGCAGAACCUCGUGGACAGAAGGCUGCAGGUGAACAGAGGAAAACAGCUCACCAUGUACAGGGUUUGGAUCCAGUGCAAGUACCGCAAGGAUCGAGUUCAGCCACCUGAGACGCAGGGCUGAGGAGGGGGAACGCACCUAGCGCGACCUUCAGCGAAAACUAAGUGCCGGAACAAAGGCAGUGGACUUGUUUUAUAACUGGCUAUACAAAUGAUGAUUUCUAAUUUUCGACUGAUGUGUUCAGAGAAAGGGCUGGUUACCUCAUAUGAGUGUUUCUAUUCUGCCAGAUAUUGUUUUUAAUCAGCUAAUGUUUUGAAAUAAAUUUCAUGAUUUUUAAGAAAACUUGGAUCCUUUUGUACAUGAAAAGAAUAAAAAUCUGAACGGCA